GAUUUUUUUUUUUUUUGAGACAACGCUGCUACUAGAUUUGCAGUUGUAGGAGGGGACCUGGUUUACCCACUUUGCUGCCGCCUCUAAAUGAGCCUGCAGGAGGGGGGCUAGGGGCUGUCUCCUCAUAAACCAAGAGGCGUUGCCUUUCCAGUCUAGCUUGAGGUGGUGACGGGGAAAUGGCCGCCGCGGUGACCGGCAUGGCCAUGCUGGCGGCGCUAGCGAUCCUCGUGCCGUCGGCGCGAGGGCUCGACCGCGCCGAGUUCCCGCCCGGGUUCCUCUUCGGCAUCGCCACGUCUGCUUACCAGAUUGAGGGUGCAUACCUGGAGGACGGCAAGGGCCUCAGCAACUGGGAUGUCUUCACCCACACACGCUGAGUAUAUACGCUAGAAACCAAAGGGCAUUUCCCCCUCUUGCCUAGCUUAUUCCCAAUCAACAGGAGAGGCAAGCUGCACAGAUAUUUUGAGUUUGUCUUUCGUCCGCCGAGGUGUCACCAUCCGUGGCAGGUUAUGAUUCUCUUUCAUCUACAGUUCUAGUAUAAUCUCCUUCACAUGUCAUUCCACGUGCACCAUGGGGAUAUUACUAGCGGCCUAUAAAUAUGGGCCAUGCCGUACGAGCUCUCGUCUGUGGACGCUGCUAGAUUGCAGUUGCAGGGAGGGACCUUGUUUGCCCACUUUGCUGUGGUCUCUAAAUGAGCUUGCAGGAGAGGGGCUAGCCGCUGCCUCCUCAUAAACCUUUCUAGUUAGUCUAGCUUGAGGCAACGGGGAAAUGGCCGCGGCGGCGACGGCGAUGGCCAUGCUCGCGGCGCUGGUGACCCUCGUCCUCGUGCCGUCGGCGCGAGGGCUCGACCGAGCCGAGUUCCCGCCGGGGUUCCUCUUCGGCGUCGCCACGUCUGCUUACCAGAUCGAGGGCGCGUACCUGGAGGACGGCAAGGGCCUCAGCAACUGGGAUUUCUUCACCCACACAAACUCUAGGGGAAUCGAUGAUGGACGGAACGGGGAUGUAGCGGAUGAUCACUACCACCGGUACAUGGAAGAUGUGGAGAUCAUUCAUAGUUUGGGUGUUGACUCCUACAGAUUCUCAAUUUCAUGGGCGAGAAUCCUACCAAGAGGCCGGCUUGGAGGCGUCAAUUCAGCUGGAAUAGCUUUCUACGACUGCCUCAUUGCUGCACUCGUGAAGAAAGGGAUAGAGCCAUUUGUGACACUGCAUCACUUUGAUCUGCCGCACGAGAUGGAGACGCGAUACGGCGGUUGGCUGGGCGCCGGAAUCCGGGAGGAGUUCGACUACUAUGCGGACGUGUGCUUCAAGGCGUUUGGUGACCGGGUCAAGUACUGGACGACGUUCAACGAGCCCAACCUGUUCACCAGGCUCGCCUACGUGCUGGGCAAGUACCCUCCGGCACGCUGCUCCGCGCCGUUCGGGACCUGCGAGAGCGGGAACUCUCAUCGGGAACCCUAUGUCGCGGCUCAUAACAUGCUGCUGUCACAUGCAGCCGCCGUCCACAACUACAAGAAGAAUUACCAGGCAACGCAAGGCGGAUCGAUCGGGAUUGUGAUUGCGAUGAAAUGGUAUGAGCCACUGACAAAUACCACAGAGGAUAUCCUCGCAGCACGACGUGCCUUGUCUUUUGAGGUAGAUUGGUUUUUGGAGCCGAUAUUCUUUGGUGAUUAUCCCAGAGAAAUGCACAAGUUGUUAUCAUCCAACUUACCAAAGUUCACCUCAGAAGAGAAGAGCUUACUGCAGAAGAACAAGGCGGAUUUUAUCGGUAUAAACCAUUACACGACAAUUUAUGUCAAGGAUUGCAUCUCUUCUCCGUGCGACCUUAAGGCUUAUGAGGCUUAUGAGGCGAAUGCACUAGUCCUAGCUACAGGUGAAAGAGAUGGCGUGGCAAUUGGGAGACCCACUGCAUUCGAUGGUUACUAUGAUGUUCCAGAGGGUAUGGAGCAGAUCGUCAAGUAUGUUAAUCAGAGAUACAAGAACACACCUCUCUAUGUUACUGAAAAUGGUUACUCGCAACACAGCAAUGACACUAUGGACAAAUUGAUCAAUGACGUUGAAAGAGUGAACUACCUACAUGGUUAUCUCACAUGUCUCUCUUCAGCAGUCAGGAAAGGAGCAAACGUGCGUGGCUACUUCGUAUGGAGUAUCAUCGACAACUUCGAGUGGACUUUCGGUUUCACGGUAAGGUUCGGGCUGUAUCAUGUGGAUUAUGGAACGCAGAAGAGGACUCCAAAGAUGUCGGCGAAGUGGUACCGAGACUUCCUCAUGGGCUCUAGGCCGACGGACCAAGUGCAGAUGCUAAGAGCAGAUUCAUGAUAGUUGCAGCCAGUACUGUCAGAUCCAGUUACCCGUAAAAAGAAACUGUCGGAGAGAGUAGUAAUUAAGAAAAAAAAUGUUUGUUUACUUGCUUAUCUUGAAGAUUUCUAAUGGGAUUUUUACAUACUUCCUGCCCUGGACAAGAGCAGAGCAGAGCCAUAUGCCUGA